CAGGGGGCGCCUCUGCGCUCACGGACAGACGUGACCGUAAAACACGGAGGUGUGUGUCCCGCAGGACGCAGCUUCACCGCGUUUACCGCGUUUAUUCCCGCAGCAGGAGUCCGGGACGGGAAAGACCCGCCUGGUUCGGCUGCGGUGGGACCGGGUCAGCAGGAGCCGGGCCCGCAGUCCUCGGUACCGCUGCGGGGAGCACCGAGGCCCGCACACCGCAUCGUACACGCACGGGAGCAUCGUACCACCCGCUGCGGAGACAGAAGCUCAUCUCUCGGCUGGAGACACUCAGAGCGGUGAAGAUGGACGAACAAAGUGUCGAGAGCAUCGCUGAGGUGUUUCGCUGUUUCAUCUGCAUGGAGAAGCUGAGGGACGCUCGUCUCUGUCCACACUGCUCCAAACUCUGCUGCUUCAGCUGCAUCCGGCGUUGGCUCACGGAGCAGAGGGCCCAGUGUCCCCACUGCAGGGCUCCUCUUCAGUUGAGGGAGUUGGUAAAUUGCCGUUGGGCUGAAGAAGUGACACAACAACUGGACACUCUCCAACUGUGCAGCCUGAGCAAACACGAGGACAACGACCGAGACAAGUGUGAGAAUCAUCAUGAGAAGCUCAGCGUUUACUGCUGGACCUGCAAGAAGUGCAUCUGCCACCAGUGUGCGCUGUGGGGCGGCAUGCACGGGGGUCACACCUUCAAGCCGCUGGUGGAGAUCUACGAGCAGCACGUGACCAAAGUGAAGGAGGAAGUGUCGAAGCUGCGGCGCCGCCUGCUGGAGCUCAUCAGUCUGGUGCAGGAAGUGGAGAGGAACGUGGAGGCGGUGAGAGGCGCCAAGGACGAGAGGGUCAGAGAAAUCCGCAACGCUGUGGAGAUGAUGAUCGCUCGUCUGGACAACCAGCUGAAGAACAAACUCAUCACACUCAUGGGUCAGAAAACGUCUCUGACUCAGGAGACGGAGCUGCUGGAGUCUCUGCUGCAGGAGGUGGAGCACCAGCUCCACUCGUGCAGUAAGUCGGAGCUGAUUUCUAAAAGUCCAGAGAUCCUGCUCAUGUUCCAGCAGGUUCAUCGUAAACCCAUGCAGUCGUUUGUGACCACCCCAGUGCCCCCCGACUUCACCAGUGAGCUGGUUCCUGCCUAUGACUCCAGCACCUUUGUCCUGGUGAACUUCAGCACCCUGAGGCAGAGGGCCGACCCGGUGUACAGCCCCCCUCUGCAGAUCUCCGGACUCUGCUGGAGGCUCAAAGUUUAUCCUGACGGGAACGGCGUGGUGAGGGGGAACUACCUCUCCGUCUUCCUGGAGCUUUCGGCCGGACUCCCAGAAACCUCCAAGUAUGAGUACCGUGUGGAGAUGGUGCACCAGGCCUCCAAUGACCCCACCAAGAACAUCAUCCGAGAGUUCGCCUCAGACUUCGAGGUCGGGGAGUGCUGGGGCUACAACCGCUUCUUCAGACUGGACCUUCUGGCCAGCGAGGGCUACCUCAACAUGCAGACGGACACACUGGUGCUACGGUACCAGGUUCGCUCGCCCACCUUCUUCCAAAAGUGCAGGGACCAGUACUGGUACAUCAGCCAGCUGGAGUCUGCCCAGAGCGGAUACAUCCAGCAGAUCAACAACCUGAAGGAGAGACUGGCCAUCGAGCUGUUCCGCUGUCAAACAUCUCGCAGCUCGUCUCCUCCAGACCCGCCGGCGUCUGAGAGGGACCCCCCCGAGGACAAGAGCGCGGGGAGGUCCAAGAGAGGAGAGGACACGACCAGAGCCCUGCAGGACGACGCCAACGAGCUGUCAGACGGGGACCUGGAGGUCGACUGUUUGACCGAGGAGGAGGUGAACCCCCUGGACGGCAGCAGCACCUCCGGGAGCUCCACGGCCACCAGCAACACGGAGGAGAACGACAUCGAUGAGGAGACCAUGUCUGGGGAGAUCGACAUAGACUUUGUGGGGAACCUGGAGACUGAAGAAGGAGAACUUCCUGAAGACCUGAUGGGAGCGACAGGAGGGGCGAGCUGUGGCGGGCGCCUGGCCAGCGCCGGCGCUCUCUCUCGGGGGUACAGUGCAGCCGUAGGGGGCGCCGUGGGGGCGGGCGCGGUGGGCGCGGUGGGCACGGUGGGCACGGUGGGCACGGGCGCCGGUCUGCUGGAGAUGGACCCUGUGAUUCUUCUGCAGCUUCUGGAGCUGAAGGAGCACAGCAGUGUGGAGUCUGUGUGGGGUCUGCAGCCUCGGCCCCCCCUCUCCCUGCUCAGCCAAGCUCACCUGAGGAAGGAGCGAGAGCGGCGCCCUCAGGUGGUGCGGCGUUCUGCCCCAGACUCUGCUGUGCUGCUCAGGCUCAAGGCGCAGAUGGCCGAGGUCCGGAACAAAAUGUGCGACGUGAAGAACCACAUGCUGGAGUCCGGAGACGCUCGGCCGGGGCCCUCGGGUGCCCAGAGCGCCGAGGAGCCGCCCUCUCACCUCCCUGACUCCGAGCGGGCGCCGGGGCACAAACCCGACGAGCCGGAGCUCAGGAGAACCAGAGGAAGAACCACUCAGUCAGCCAGGAAGUCCCAGUCUCCAGUCCUGGACUCGGGCAGGACCCCGGACCUCCUGCCCUCAGACUCACUGCUCCUGACAGGUGCACAGUUGACAGGUGCACAGUCGACAGGUGCACAGUCGACAGGUGCACAGUUGACAGGUGCACAGUUGACAGGUGCACAGUUGACAGGUGUGGUGAAGGCUGAAGCUCCAGCAGAGACCCUCUCCUCAGGACAGGUCUCCAGCUCCAGCCUGCUCUUCUCUGGAUCAGGCUUCAGCGUCACAGGGGGGGCAGUGCAGCAGCCGGACGGGUUUGGAGCCCACCAGCUCUUGGACCCUCCGACCCUCACAGACGGAACUUCAGGUGUGAGCAGUGACACCGAGGACGAGGGCCCCGCCACGCCCCCUACAGGUGAGCACCUGUCUGAGGACGUGGCCCUGUCGUCUGAGAGGUGACUCCGCUGAAGGACCCGGACCCCGUGUUUCUCCUGCAGCUUCAGUUUCAGGUCCGUGUGUUCCAGAGGAGACCUUCAGCUUCAGGUCCGUGUGUUCCAGAGGAGACCUUCAGCUUCAGGUCCGUGUGUUCCAGAGGAGACCUUCAGCUUCACUCUGGAGCUGGUCACAUGUUCUGAAGUUAAAAUUUCUCGUCUCACUUUUCUCUGUUCUGUCGUUUCUUUGUGUUUUGUUUCAUUCACACGUUUCAUACACAAACCUGCAGAAACUAAUAAUAAAGCGUCACUCAAACAUGUGAACGAAACAAACACGACGCCGACUCUGUGUGACCAGGACCUUUAGAACAUUAGAACUUUAGAACUUAAGGUUUUGGGUUUUACAGGAGCUUUAAUCCACGUUUUUUUUCCCAAUAUAUUUGAAAUGUUUAAAUGUAAAUAGACUAAAGUUUCCGUAUGUCUGACCUGAUGCAUGUUUAACUGUGACUUGUCUUAUUUAUGUUGAAAUAAAUAAAGUUUUAUCAGCGUGA